CAUCCCCAGUUGUAUAUUCAGUCAUUAUUAUAAUGCAGUGUCAUUGAAGUGAAUGUGUUUUAGCUGCAGUGAAAGGAUGUGGAAACCUGACAGCUCACACUUCCUGAAAGUCAGUAGUUUAGAAAUGGGAACUAAAAUCAGGAACUGAUUGCAGAAAAGUAAGAGAAGAGACAAAACACACAAGCGUCGAUUUAUUAAAAGAGGUAAACAAGUGUUUGAAUCACAUGGCAACACAGUGGGAGUGUUAUGAAAAGGAGUCCAGCUGUCUUUCGGAGAAUGGUGUUCAUCAUGUUCUGGAGGCUCCUGUGGUGAAAUAACAGCUCACACUUCCCGUGGGAGGAAACAGUUCACCGUUGGAAAGUCAGCAGAGUGGCAGAGAUCAUGAACACACUUUGGAAAUGAGACUGUACAGGAGAAUCACCAAUCAACAAGACAUCAGUCAGAGAACAGACAGCUCCUAUUCCUGUGGAACCACAAUGACAAAAGUGGUCCUCUUGAACACUCUGGACGACCUUGGAAAAGAUGAAUUUGAGCGUUUCAAGUGGAUCCUGAAACAUGAACGCCUGAAAGACUUUUCAACCAUCCUAAAGAGCAAGCUGGAGAAUGCAAAGACGUGGGACACAGUGGAUCUGAUGAUCCAGACCUACACGCUUUCUGGAGCUGUGGAGGUGACCAAGCAGGUUUUAGAGAAGAUCCAAAGGAAUGAUCUGGUGCAGAGUUUGUCAGAUAUCAGAUUGGGACAAAAAGGGGAUGUCAGUGAUGUAGAAACUUCAGAGAACAGAGGACCUUCCUUUCCUCAGGCUGAAGAUGUGAUGGUUCCGGUACCAGAGCCACAACCCAUCGCAUAUUACCAACACAUGCUUCAAUCAAACCUUCAGGACAAGUUCAUGUGUACACAAGAAGGGUGGAUGCAGAAGAAGGAGCGUAUGGUUGAUAUCUACACAGAGCUGUACAUCACAGCUGGGGUUGACGUACACAUCAACACACAGCAUGAGGUCAGGCAGAUUGAGGCUUUGGUGAAGCCAACAGAAACAGAGGAACCAAUUAAACCCAGUGACAUGUUCAAACACCCCGCUGGAGUAUACAGACCCAUAAGAACAGUGCUGACCAAUGGGAUCGCAGGAAUUGGAAAAACAUUUCUUAUGCACAAGUUUGUAUUGGACUGGGCUGAAGAAAGAAACAACCAAGAUGUGCAUCUUGUAUUCCCCUUCACCUUCCGCCAGCUGAAUUUAAGGAAGGGAGAAAAGUUUUGUUUGGCAGAGCUCAUUCAUAAAUGUAUCAGGGAAACCAGAGACAUCAAGGAAGAAGCUCUUAAUCACAUCUUUACAACUCUUCAGUCAUCAGGAAACACAAACUAUGACAAGAGCAAAUUCAAACUUCUGUUUGUUUUGGAUGGACUGGAUGAGAGCCGACUUCAACUGGACUGCUCUACCAAUAAAAACCAGGAUGCAGACUUUGAUGUGACAGAGUCCACCUCAGUGGAUGUGCUGCUGACAAACCUCAUCAAGAGAAAUCUGCUUCCCUCUGCUCGCCUCUGGAUAACCACACGACCUGCAGCAGCCAAUCAGAUCCAUUCUGAUUUUGUCGACAUGGUGACAGAGGUCAGAGGGUUCACUGACCCACAGAAGGAGGAGUACUUCAGGAAGAGAUUCACAGAUGAGGAGCAGGCCAGCAGAAUCAUCUCCCACAUCAAGACAUCACGAAGCCUCCACAUCAUGUGCCACAUCCCAGUCUUCUGCUGGAUCACAGUUACAGUUCUGGAGGAUGUGUUGAAGACCAGAGAGGGAGGACAGCUGCCCAAGACCCUGACUGAGAUGUAUGCAGAAUUCUUGAGGUUUCAGAUAGAUCAGACAAAAGAGAAGUAUGACCAAAAAAAGUGCAUUCAGUACAUUAAGUCAUUAGCAAAACUAGCUUUCCACCAGCUGGAAAAGGGCAACCUGAUCUUCUAUGAGGAAGACCUAAAAGAGAGCGGCAUUGAUGUCAGUGGAGCCUCGGUGUACUCAGGAGUGUUCACAGAAGUCUUUAAAGAGGAGCGUGGGAGGAAGAAUGAUGAAGACAAGAUGUUUAGCUUUGUCCAUCUGAGUGUUCAAGAGUUUCUGGCUGCUUUGCAUGUAGAGAGGGCACUCAUUAAGAAAAACAAGAAUGUGAUGUCUGAGCCAGGCCAAACUUGUGGUGAACAUGUGCGAAUGGUUUUCAGAAAAACAUCUACGACAGAGGUCCACAGGUUUGCUAUUGACAAGGCUUUACAGAGUCCAAAUGGACACCUGGACUUGUUCCUCCGCUUUCUCCUGGGUCUUUCUCUGCAGACCAAUCAGACUCUCGUACGAGGCCUGCUGAAAAACAAAAGAAGCUCAGAGACCAAUCAGGAAACACUUAAGUACAUCAAGAAGAAGAUCAGUGAGAAUCUGUCUGCAGAGAGAAACAUCAAUCUGUUCCACUGUCUGAAUGAACUGAAUGAUUGUUCUCUAGUGGAGGAGAUCCAACAGUACCUGAGUUCAGGAAGUCUUUCCACAGAUAAACUGUCACCUGCUCAGUGGUCAGCUCUGGGCUUCAUCUUACUGUCAUCAGAAAAAGAUCUGGACGUGUUUGACCUGAAGAAAUACUCUGCUUCAGAGGAGGCUCUUCUGAGGCUGCUGCCAGUGGUCAAAGCCUCCAACAAAGCUCUGCUGAGUGGCUGUAAUCUGUCAGAGAGAUGCUGUGACACUCUGUCCUCAGUUCUCAGCUCCCAGUCCUCUCGUCUGAGAGAGCUGGACCUGAGUAACAACGACCUGCAGGAUUCAGGAUUGAAGCUGCUCUGUGCUGGACUGGAGAGUCCACACUGUACACUGGAGACUCUCAGGCAGAGUGGCUGUAAUCUGUCAGAGAGAAGCUGUGAAGCUCUGUCCUCAGUUCUCAGCUCGCAGUCCUCUAGUCUGAGUGAGCUGGACAUGAGUAACAAUGACCUGCAGGAUUCAGGAGUGAAGCUGCUCUGUGCUGGACUAGAGAGUCCAAACUGUACACUGGAGACUCUCAGGCUGAGUUGCUGUAAUCUGUCGGAGAGAAGCUGUGACGCUCUGUCCUCAGUUCUCAGCUCCCAGUCCUCUGGUCUGAGAGAGCUGGACCUGAGUAACAACAACCUGCAGGAUUCAGGAGCGAAGCUGCUCUCUGCUGGACUGGAGAGUCCAAACUGUACACUGGAGACUCUCAGGCAGAGUGGCUGUAAUCUGUCAGAGAGAAGCUGUGAAGCUCUGUCCUCAGUUCUCAGCUCGCAGUCCUCUAGUCUGAGUGAGCUGGACAUGAGUAACAAUGACCUGCAGGAUUCAGGAGUGAAGCUGCUCUGUGCUGGACUAGAGAGUCCAAACUGUACACUGGAGACUCUCAGGCUGAGUGGCUGUAAUCUGUCAGAGAGAAGCUGUGAAGCUCUGUCCUCAGUUCUCAGCUCCAAGUCCUCUAGUCUGAGAGAGCUGGACCUGAGUAACAACGACCUGCAGGAUUCAGGUUGGACGCUGCUCUCUGCUGGACUGGAGAGUCCACACUGUACACUGGAGACUCUCAGGCUGGGUGGCUGUAAUCUGUCAUUGAGAAGCUGUGAAGCUCUGUCCUCAGUUCUCAGCUCCCAGUCCUCUAGUCUGAGAGAGCUGGACCUGAGUAACAACGACCUGCAGGAUUCAGGACUGAAACUACUCUCUGCUGGACUGGAGAGUCCACACUGUACACUGGAGACUCUCAGGCUGGGUGGCUGUAAUCUGUCAGAGAGAAGCUUUGACACUUUGUCCUCAGUUCUCAGCUCCCGGUCCUCUAGUCUGAGAGAGCUGGACCUGAGUAACAACGACCUGCAGGAUUCAGGACUGAAACUGCUCUCUGCUGGACUGGAGAGUCCACACUGUACACUGGAGACUCUCAGGCUGGGUGGCUGUAAUCUGUCAGAGAGAAGCUGUGAAGCUCUGUCCUCAGUUCUCAGCUCCCAGUCCUCUGGUCUGAGAGAGCUGGACCUGAGUAACAACGACCUGCAGGAUUCAGGACUGAAACUACUCUCUGCUGGACUGGAGAGUCCACACUGUACACUGGAGACUCUCAGGCUGGGUGGCUGUAAUCUGUCAGAGAGAAGCUGUGAAGCUCUGUCCUCAGUUCUCAGUUCCCAGUCCUCUAGUCUGAGAGAGCUGGACCUGAGUAACAACGACCUGCAGGAUUCAGGAGUGAAGCUGCUCUCUGCUGGACUGGAGAGUCCACACUGUACACUGGAGACACUCAGGCUGUCAGGCUGUCUUAUCACAGAGGAAGGCUGUGCUUCUCUGGCCUCAGCUCUGAGAUCCAACCCCUCCCAUCUGAGAGAGCUGGACCUGAGCUACAAUCAUCCAGGAGACUCAGGAGUGAAGCUGCUGUCUGCUGUACUGGAGGAUCCACACUGGAGCCUGGACACUCUCAGGGUGGAACAUGGUGGAGAGCAGUGGAUGAAACCUGGUCUGAGGAAGUAUGCCUGUGAACUCACACUGGACACAAACACAGUACACAAAAAGCUCAAACUGUCUGACAACAACAGGAAGGUGACAGUAGUGACAGAGGAUCAGCCAUAUCCUGAUCAUCCAGAGAGGUUUGACGGCUGGUAUCAGCUGCUGUGCAGAAAUGGUCUGACUGGUCGCUGUUACUGGGAGGUCGAGUGGAGAGGAGAAGUUUAUAUAGCAGUGAGUUACAGAGGAAUCAGAAGGAGUGGAAACAGUGAUGACUGCUGGUUUGGGCGGAAUAAUCAGUCCUGGAAUCUGAGGUGCUCUGAUGAUGGUGGUUACUCUGUCAGUCGCAAUAAGAGACGAACAGUCCUCUCCUCCUCCUCCUCCUCCUCCGUCUCUAAGAGAGUAGCAGUGUAUGUGGACUGUUCUGCUGGCACUCUGUCUUUCUACAGAGUCUCCUCUGACAGACUGAUCCACCUCUACACCUUCAACACCAAAUUUACUGAACCUCUUUAUCCUGGGAUUGGGUUCUCGUCUGGUUCCUCAGUGUCUUUGUGUUCACUAUAGGAGAGAGAGUCUCCUUCUGUGUAGAGAAACACACAAACCUUUUGUAAAUCAUAUUGACUCAAAAUUAAGAGCAAACAUGAAAAUAAUAUUUUUUUUGGGUGAAUGCACUGCACUUACAGGGUUUUUAAUACCUUGAAAUAUGUUUUCUGUACUUUGCAGGCAGAAUAGUUUGUCAUAUAAUAUAAUCAUGUAUAUAAAAUAAAAGAAGACAGACUACACAAACACACAAGAGGCAAAACUCAUGCACAACAUUCACA